CCCACAUGCACUUUGGAAAGCCUCUCCUCUGCGUUGUGUAUGUUCAACAGGUAGAAUCAUGUUCCCUACUGCACUACCUCCCUUCUCCGAGUCAGACUGUGAGAGAAACAGCCCCUGGUAAUCAUUGCAGAUUUCAUCCACUUCAGACAUGUUUCGUGUGUGGAUCAAACUCUGUCUCCUCUUGCCAGGGGUAAGUAGCUUCAUGAUCCACAACACCCUCCACAGCCUGUGCUUGGAGGACUUCCCCAAGACGGGCCUGGUUCAGCUGAAUAAAUGCAACCUGGACUCAGUUCUCCAGCAGUGGAUCUGGAGGGACCAGAGUCUCCUGGAGCGUGUGGGGACCUCCAGGUGCCUGUCGGCCCACCACUCUGAUCCUGUCCAGACUGUACCCUGUGAGGGGGUAGAGGAUGGGGGACACAGGGAUGAUGGGGGGCUGCGGUGGGGGUGUGAGUUGAACAGGCUGAUCAGUCAGAACAGUUCUCUGGAGCUCUCCACAGACGGGAAACGACUGACGCUGUCCCACAGGAGCAAGCAGACCAAGUGGAGGUCUCUGGAUGAAGGGGAUAUAUGCCAGGAGAGGCUCAGAUCCAAAAGGGCAUCGAGCGAUCCCGAUGAGUUUGAGGUGAAACCUGCGAAAGAGCAGAAAGCGGGGCCUCCUGGUAUGACCGAUGAACAGAAAGAAUUCCUCAGAUGGUUCUAUCGCACUGAGGACCCAACUCCCUGGAAGUUUGCGAUGCUGGCUCUGUCCUUCGCUGCCCUUCUGCUGGGCUGUCUGCUUCUGGGAAUGGGCUCCAUGGCGAACAAAAACAGGAAUAAGAUAGCCAAGUACAAGGCGGCGGCUCUGGCCAUGAAGCCGGAGGCGGAAGAACUACAGGUCAUCAUCACGGAAGUUGGAGGUCAAAGAACUAACUCAGAGGUCAAACCCGUCAACAGCGCCUCUGUCCAGGUCAGUAUGAGCCAAUCUGAGAUCCCAGUGAGCCAGGCCAAGCCCCUCCAGGACAAUGGGGAGGUAGAGGGGCUCAAACCGGGGACAUUGUGGUGACCUGGAAUGACGGGAACGUGUCCAGCCUGUACCCCGAGCCUGAGGGGGAAGUGGAGGUGUUGGCGGAGGUAGAGAAAGAAGAGGUAGUUGAGGUAGAGAAAGAAAAGGUGGUGGAGGAGUUAGAGAAAGAGGAGGCAGAAGAGGGAGUGGUGGUAGAGGGAUGAAGGAGAGAGAUAUAACAGCCACGUUCCUCAUUACUGCUCCUCUGCAGAGGCAGAACAGAAACUCCUAUUUACUUAGGCAUAACUGUCAUUUUAAGUUGUUUUAUUUUGACCUGUAACUUAAACAACCACUGUCUGUUUAAUUACUGUAAUGCCCUUUUACACUACU